GCGGAUUCAAUAGUCGCGGGCUACUUGAACGGUGGGAGCGGAGCGGGCUAGAGGAGCUGCCCGUAGCGCGAGCCCCCUCUCUCCCGGGCACCCCAGUAGCGCGGCGCCGGGUGCCUGCCGAGCUCCGAUCCCCCCCCCCCUCGGUGCACGCGGCUGCCGAGGCCCGCACGAGCCCCCCGGCGCUGGGACGAUGCUGACGGGCGCCGCUGACCCGGAGCAGGAGAACCAGGAGAAUGUGCCCCCCAGCGGCAAAGCGCGGCCGCCCGCCGCCGCCCUCGGGGCCCGCCCGGUGCUGGCGCUGCUGCGGGGCAACCAGCGCCGCCCGACCCAGCAGCAGGCUGCUCUUGCUCACGCACCCUGGAGUAUUAAUGAUGAAAACUAUGGCAAGGUUCCAGCUGGGAAAGCGGGUAACAAACAACCUGCUUUUGCCAUCCAUAUGGAUGAGCCUGAUGGGGAGAGACGAAAGAGGCAAGUGGUUCCUAAAAAGGCUGUGCCCCAUGAAGGGGUCCUAGGCUUAAAUACAGCUGUAACGUCAUUAGGAGACAGAAAACCCUUGGCACCCAUAGAAAAUCCAAUGGAUCUUAGUUUUGAUUCUCCAAGUAUUAUGGAUAUAUCGGUAACUCAAGAAGUGGAAGAAAAAGUAAAUGUUAACCAGGUGCCAGACUACAUUGAAGACAUCUAUACAUACCUUAGGGAAAUGGAGGUAAAAUGCAAGCCUAAAAUGGGUUACAUGAAGAAGCAGCCUGAUAUAACAAACAAUAUGCGAGCUAUUCUUGUGGACUGGCUGGUGGAAGUUGGAGAAGAAUAUAAAUUACAGAAUGAAACUCUGCACUUAGCUGUAAACUACAUUGAUAGAUUUCUUUCUUCAAUGUCUGUGCUGAGAGGGAAGCUUCAGCUUGUGGGGACUGCAGCUAUGCUGCUAGCAUCGAAGUUUGAAGAAAUCUACCCUCCUGAAGUAGCAGAGUUUGUUUACAUCACAGAUGAUACCUACACCAAGAAACAGGUCCUAAGGAUGGAGCACUUAGUGUUGAAAGUCUUGUCAUUUGACUUGGCAGCUCCAACAAUAAACCAGUUCCUCACUCAGUACUUCCUACACCAGCAGACCAAUGUUAAAGUGGAGAAUUUAUCAAUGUAUCUGGGGGAGCUGAGUCUAAUUGAUGCUGACCCAUACUUGAAAUACUUGCCAUCACUUACUGCUGCUGCAGCAUUUCAUCUAGCAAGCUACACAAUCACUGGACAAACCUGGCCUGAAUCUCUGUCCAAAAUGACAGGAUAUACCCUUGAAAGCCUUAAGCCUUGUCUCAUGGACCUCCACAAGACCUACCUCAGAGCAGCACAACACACACAACAGUCCAUAAGAGAGAAAUACAAGAGUACAAAGUACCAUGGAGUAUCGUUCAUUGAUCCACCAGAGAUGCUAAAUUUAUUGUAACAAUCAAGAGACUCUUUAAAAAAAAGUGUAUUAUACUUGCAAACGAUGUACAGUUUUAACUCUGGUAAAUAUUUUAGAUGUCUUACAAUCAUUUCAGAAUAAUACCACAUGUGGUGUAACUUGAAAUUAUGAAGUUUAGUUUUAUAUGGUUUUAAUGUAAAUCUUUUUGUACAUGCAAUCUUGUUCUAAAUAUUUAGCUGGAGCUCUUUUAUAAAGCUGUUCUGUUCAAGUAUUGAAUUAACCAUGAAGGUGAACUGUUAAUGUUUGUUCUAAAACUACUAGAAUGUCCAAUUAAGGAGCAGGACAUAAAAUAAGGAUUUUUAACUUUUGGAGUGACUGAAAGGCCAAGUUCUACCUCCAGUUUUGAACAAAUUACAAACUUGACAACUGUGUCAACACAAGAUGCUACUAAGGUUUAAUUUCACCUGAAUUUAGAUCAAAUCUUUGGUUUAACUUUAUAUGUAAUAUAAAAACCACUUUGAAGAAAUUCAACUGACUUUAGUAGCUGGCAGGGUUUAAUAGGACUUGCUUCAAAAGCAGGCUUUCCAAUUUUAGUGCUCCAACUAUCAUUAAGUAGUGGUCUCCAAAGCAGCCAUCAGAUAGCUAGAACUACAACUGCUGAAGUGUCCUCCUGUGUGAACAGAAAUGGCAUCUAACUUGUAGCUAUUUUCUAGUCUAAGUGAUGCUAGUAAAAGUUCAUGCAGCAUUUUUUAGUAAAACUUUAGUUUCUCUAAAAGCUUCCCUAGAGUCAAUCCUCCAUUACUAAAGCUCUACCUCCCACUUGCUUUCCUAGCUGGGUGGUGGCAAACUACAGCAGGGAAAGUGGCCACUGCCACUACACCCUCCACAGGGGAAAGAGAAUAAUACAGCUGACUAUCACAGCCUGCGCCAUGCCAUGGAUGGGUUAUAGCUAGAGUGAUACUCAAUUCAGAACAGCCCAUUUGGGCAGGCUUCUAUGCAGUGGAAAUCUUACACAGUCAGUCAGGUUUUAAUUGGUCUUCUGCUUAAGUUGUAGCACUCUGCCAGUAAUGGGGUAGUUGAAAACUUUUUACAGUUAAAUCAAACUGACUUGUCUCCUCCUGUAAACUUGUAUAAGCACAGUAUAUCUUGAACAGGGUUUAAAGGGAAAUCUGCAAGUCUGGCAAAUAAACAUCCUGUACUAAAGCUGAUGGCAGUGGUGUUGCUUAUCUUAAUCUGUAUUGAUCACUGUAGCUGAUACCACUGAUUCCAACUUAACAGUGGGACUACUUUUUUUUUUUUCCCCAUAAAGCAGGACUUAACUGUUUCUAAACUUAGCCCAAGACACCAAGAAAUAAAUGUAUCUUCUUGGUCAAGCUAACUAACAGGAGUGAAAGCAAAUUCCUUUCUGAAUCUAACAUGGCAUUUUACCUUGUUUAAACUAUAGCUUAACUCUGACAUCUAAUCCAAAACUGACAACUACCCCACUGGUCAGCUAGACCCAAAUUAUGUUCUAACUCAUUCCAAUUGUUUAAAUAUGGAACAGCUGGCUUCCUAUACCAAGCAAAACCAUUCUUUGACCCUAUGAGUCUGACUAUGUAGGCCUGGCCAUGAAAUGCACUCUGGCCUGGAAAGACAGGUACAAAGCUGCUUGGGAGGCCUGUUCCUAGGCUUGACUGAAUCAACUGAUUAAGGUAGGGGUGGAGGGUGGCAUGGGUAAGGGAAGUAGAAGUGGAGGGCAGGCUUGGUGCCAUGAAUUUCCUUUUGGCUUCCCCAGGGGUGCUUGACCAUACCUCCACUGGACCUAUGGAAAGGGGUAGACCAUUAAUGACCCUCCAAAGACUAACAGGCUAAAGUCUCUUUGCUGCAAGUUUGGAAAGAAGUCCAUGUACACACUAUGUUCCAGCACCAGGCAUCCUAAUUACUGUAUUAGCACCAGCCUUAAUUUUCAUAUACUGUUUUUGAAAUGCUCUAAAAUAUGCUCAUAAUUUUAUCUCCUUUUUCUUUGGUUUAGGAGUGGCUUUGGCUCAGGAACCCUGAGCCAACUGCUUGUGUUUUUUUUCCUAAAAGUCCUUCUAGGAUAUAGAUAAUUUUUAAUGUUGGAUUGAAAAAAAUAUGACUGGUAUUAUACCUCACUAAAGCUGCUAGAUUUGGGGGGGUGUGUGUGUGUAUAUAGGCAAGCAGCACAUCCUCUAAAUUUUGUGUGUGUGCACAUUAGUGGUACAAUAUAGGUAACCUUAAAGCUACAUGAAAAGCAGUUUAACAAUCUUGUCUUUUGAGAAGAAAUGUUACUAUGCCUGUCUGCUUCCUAUUAUACUGCUUUUUUAUAGCAUCAAAACUGCUUCACUAACCCCCCUCCCCAUGCUAUACAGUACUAAUACACCCCUUUACUCCUGUGGGUGGAUGCCUUAAGCCUGUUAAGAUUGAGGGACCUCUAAUAUUAAAGAGCACAGCUCUGUUCAUGGUAUAUCUCUUCCCCCUUUACUUCAUAAUCUCAUCUCUAUUACCCCUUGUCCUUUUCCCUUGAAGUCCUAACAUUUUUCUGUAAAGUUCCCAGCAUCUUCUGUCCUUUUACCUCAGCUAUAAUGCACACAGGCUGCACUACUAGGCUAAAUCUUUCCCUGAGGCAAAAGCAGAUUGUACUGUACAGCAAACAGCUUGUUUGUACAGCCUUUCACAGAACUAGGUCCAGUUGCAGGUUUUUCCUCAACAGAAAAGGUCAACACAAUGUAGCCUAGAGGUUGGAAGAAGUGAUGGAACAAGAUCCCUGCAAGGAGAAUGCUAGAUCACUGUAAAGAUGAAGUAAACUUUAUACAGAGACAAGACAGGGUAUGAACCACUGCAAUAUAUAUAUAUAUUUACAAUAGUGCCCUACAUUGACUUAAGUGAAAACUUCACUUGCAGCAUCUAUAAAACACUGAGUUUGGACCCAUUCAUAUAUUUUACACUUGCCAUUUCUUCCCCAUUUUAAAAAAAAAAUCUGAUACUGCAAACAAACAUGUUUGGUCUUCCUUUUAAGAACAACAUUUAUUUCCUAAGAGGUACGUAAAGAGCUCUGCCAAGAAGCACUUUUGCUAAGCUUUAAAGUUACAGGGGCAAAAUUAAAUUCUCAGUUUUACUAUAUAUAACUUAUGAACACAUGAAAUAAGAUGUAAGUUAUUUCUACUCUCCUCUUGUAUGGAUUUUCCUGUUUGUCUAUUUCAUCUUCUAAAAUCUCAACUGCUUCAUGAGACUAACUUGUCUGAUACUAUUGCAUAGAUCCUUCUUCCUACUUUGUUUCAGUAAGUUCUAGUGUUCUAGGAUAGGUCUUUUUAGACUUACAGUUUAAGAAGUAUUCCUUAAUUUUCAUGAAACAUGGUUAAACUGAUAUGUUUAAAAAUAAACAUUAACAAAGACUA